UUAAUUAACGGAAUGAGUCAUAAUCAAUUUUAUCGUUUUCAUUGUGGUUUUAUUUGAUUAUUAAUGAUGAAAUAGAUGGUGACAUUGCAAGCGAAUAUAUUUUGCGACAAAACCCUUUUCUAGAACCUUCUUUUUUUCUCUGUCUAUUUUUCUUUCCAAUAGGUGCUGAAAAAUCUUAAUUAAUUAUUACAGUUUUGAACGACAAAUCAACAGAAUUAUUUUGAGUGUUUAAUUCCUUCAAUCUAAUCGUUUCAUCAACUUCAUUUUUUUUAAUUAGUCAAUUCUUCUUGAAGUAUAAGUUAAUUUUAUUGUCCAUCUUUAGUUUUUCUGUUCAUUCAUCCAAGACAAAGAUAUUAGCGAUCAUUUAAUUGUUGUAAUUUUCUGUUAUUCUCAUUUAAUUUCUCAGUUGAAAUCGACCAACAUGACAAGUGACAGUGAAACUCCAAUUGCCGACGGUAAAAAUAGUCAAAGUAAAAAAACCAAGAAAAGUAGGAAGAGUAAAGGGAAGAGAGAUGUUAAUCAAGCAUCAAGUUCAGCUCAUGGGAGUGAAAAGGAAUUAGUAAGUGGUGAUUUACCCGAACAUUUCGAUCGACUGAAUGUUGGGCCUGGAGCGGAUACACAAGCGAGAAAAAGUGAGAGUAAAAAGCCCUCUCAAUCAAAAGAAGCCGAGUUCGAUGAUCUCGCUGCCAAGGCAUUUGAUGCGGAAGAAGCUGAAUUCAAGAAAAAGUCUCAGUCUCGACGAGCUAAGAACAAAUGUGCUGAAGAUUCUCUCGCCGAACUUGAGAAACUUGGUGUCAGUUUGAAGAACCCACCACCCGCUCUUUGUCUAAGACCACAAUUUCCUAACGGAACGAAGGGUAAAAAAGUAAAGCUCUACUCCAACUUCUUUAAAUUGAGUUUGAGUGGAAAACCGGUGUAUCAAUAUCUUGUCACUUUUCUCAAACCAGAUCAAUCAUCGGCUGAUGAAUUCGAGCAAGAGGUUGGCAGAAAAUUCAAGCGAAUCACCAAGAAAAACAAUCAAACUUUUCUCGCACAGUUUGUUGCUACUACGGGUAGAGAUCUUUUCAUCGGGAUAAGUUAUGCUUACGACAAUGAUAGAAUCCUCAUAACAAGUAAACCUCUUCCUGAUAUCUCAAAAGAAGGAAAAAUCUUCACUUUCUCAAUCAACGAGCCACGAGAUCAUGAUCCGGAUUAUAUUCAAAUGUACCUGAUUAGAAUUAAACAAACGGUGCGAGUCCAUUUAAGUCUCAGUUCAAACCCUAAUGAGGCUCAGAACGUUACCCAUGAUCGAGCUAUUUUACAAGUGAUCGACAUUAUUAGUAAAACUUAUUCUUUCCAAAAUGAUAUCAUCUAUGGCUCCAAAAUUUUCUUCUCGGAAUCCAACAUGCACAGACGAGAAGAUAUUUCUGAAAGCUUCGAGCUCGCCUUCGGUUAUCAUCAAUCCACUCGCUUAUGUCAAGAAGGUCCAAUGCUGAAUAUCGACCGAGCCACUGCGGUUCUUUACAAAGAAGGUCCUUUGAUAAGGUCAAUGUGUGAAGUCUUAGGAGUUGAGUCUCCAAAAGACAUUAAUCUAACCCCAAGUUCACAUCAUGCUCUCGAAGAGUUAACUUUCCUUCGAGUUGAGACAGAUUAUCGUGGGUACCGUUGUAAGCAUACGAUCCAAUCGUUCACUGUUGAACCCUGUAGUAGUCUCACCUUCCAACAGGGAAAUUCAACGGUCUAUGUAGCCGAUUAUUUCCGACAACACUAUGAUAUCGAUCUUGAAUAUCCACAUCUACCAUGUAUUGUUUAUGGUUCAAAUAAUUACAUACCUGUUGAAUUGUGUUCCCUUUUACCUAAUCAACGUAACCAACGGAAACUUCGUGAUGAACUAAUCAGUAUUAUGAGUAAACACACAACAGUUCAGAGACCAAUCGAAAGACUUUGUGAACUUAGAAAAAGGGCUAAUGAUGUUUCGAACCAAUUGAAAGAUAAUCAAUUUGAUAUUCAAUUGAAUCCAACUCAAGUUAUCGUCGAAAGUCGUGUUAUUCCUGCUCCGAGAUUAACAUAUGCUAAUGAUAAAGAAUCUGAACCUCGUCUUGGAAAUUGGACUAUGAAGAAAGGUGAUAACUCUUCAAGAAGAUUAUUGUCAACUAUGGAUUUGAAAAGAUGGGCACUGAUUGGACUGGUUUCUGAUAAAAUCGACAAUAAAGCUGCUAAAAUUUUUGUCGAAACUCUACAGAAAAAUGGAUCGAUGAUUGGUAUGAGAAUCGCUUCUCCAGUUAACCCUUUCAAAGUCUAUCAGGAAAAUGAGCUUGAAGGUUUAUUCAGAUUUUGUAAGACACAAAACCUCCAGUUGAUUAUUGUUAUAAUGGAGGAUAAUGUUGAACAUUAUGGAAGAGUCAAAUAUCUUGGCGAUAAAUGUCUCGGUGUUCCAACUCAAGUAGUUUUAGAUAAACACUAUGAUCAUCGUGAAUACAUGAAAACAGGUACAACCACACUCUUCAAAACUGCUUAUUUAUCCAACUUAUUGCUCAAAAUUAACGUUAAAAUCGGUGGAGCCAAUUUGAAGCUGAGCGAAACCACUCGAUGUUCAAUUUUGAAUGAUAAGACAAUGGUCGUCGGAAUUGAUGUCAAUCAUCCAUCUCCUGGUGAAAAUGCUCGUUCGAUCGCUGCCGUUGUAGGUUCGAUUGAUAAAGAGUUCAGUAAAUAUCGAACUGAAAUUUUCGCUAAUCACGAAAGAGAUGAACUAGUCCAAGUUCACAGUAUGAUCGGACCAAUCAUCGAAAAGUUCAAAGCUUCUCGUGGUUUUUACCCGGAACAUAUUAUCGUCUAUCGCGACGGUGUUUCUGAAGGACAAUUCGCCCAUGUUAUGGGAAAUGAAAUUCUUCCUCUUCACAAACGGCUUAAAGAGUAUCCUAAUCCUCCGAAAUUGACCUACAUUAUCGUUCAAAAGAGACACAAUGCUCGUUUCUUCCCAGUUGAUCCAAACCAAGGUACAAGAAAUGGGAAUAUGUUACCAGGAUCAGUUAUCGACACUAAUGUUUGUCACUUCAAAUGGUUCGACUUUUAUUUGUGUAGUCAAAAUUCAUUCCUUGGAACUGCUCGUCCAGGAAAAUACACUGUACUUUGGAAUUCGAGCUCUGCUCAAGCUGAUGAUCUCCAAAUGGCCACUUAUUAUCUUUGUUACCUGUUCGCUCGAGCGACUAAGUCAAUCGCUGAUCCUGCCCCAGCUCGUUAUGCUCAUCAUGCUGCAGCGAGAGGAAAAUUUCAUUACAGAGAAAUUUGUAAGCGGCGACAAUGGACCGACGAAGAAAUGAAUGCUGAGAUUAACAGAGCAAUCAACGUUAACGAAAACUUUAAAAAUAUUCUUUACUUCAUUUAAUUGUCACUUAUUAGCACUCGUUUUAUUUGGACACUUCUCAUUUAUUAUUUUCCACCUCAGUUUAAAUUUAGAGAAUCGAAAAAAUUUUUAUUAGAACUAUUUGUUGUUUUUUCUUUCACCAGCAAUACUUUCUUUUAAUAAUUUGUAUUCACAAGAUUUGUGAGAUGAAUUCUAUUUUGUAUUCUUACUUUUUAACUAACGAUUCCAGCUCCAUAGGCAGUGGAAGUGCAAUUCUGAAACUUUUUUACUUUUAACAUGUAACUUCUUGAAUCAAGGAUUCUAAGAAAUUUCCUUCUUUUCAAUUUCCUGAUAUUAGAAAUAAACAUUAGCCAAGUCAUGAA